GUCGGCGUCGGCAUUUUUCCAGUGGCUGUGGCGAAAACAAGUGUAAAGCUACAAAGCGUCGCACUAUUCCAACGCGAGACUGACGCGUUUUACCUUAGUUUAUCGGAAUUUUAAGAUAAUGCAACAUUAGAAACUCCUGAUCAAGAUUAUUUGCAAGUUGCAACGAUGUUGACCACCGAGUUUGUCCAGCUGGCGCUGUUGUUUGGUUCCGGAUCUAUAUUUUUUCUAUUCGUUGUGCUAGGGAUAGUGCUAAAGGUGACGACGACACCGUUUCCAACAAUUGUGCGACACAGGGAUGAAGAGUACUACAUCGAUCCGGCUACGGGAGAUGAUCGACUGUUCGCGUCUUUAGAUGACAAACCUACGCUGAAGUUGAGUGUGAUAGUUCCGGCAUUUGACGAGGAAAACAGACUGCCUCUUAUGCUGGAUGAAUGCUUAGACUAUCUGGGAAAACGUGCCGAAAAGGAGAAAGACUUCACCUACGAGGUGAUCAUCGUAAGCGAUGGUAGCCGCGAUCGGACGGUGGAAGUUGCGUUGGAGUACGUCGAAUUGCAUGGUGUACAAAAGGUGCGCGUUUUGGAUUUGGUAGAAAACCGUGGCAAGGGUGGUGCGGUUCGUCUCGGAAUGCUUAGUAGUCGCGGUCAGUUUCUACUGUUUGCCGAUGCGGAUGGAGCGACAAAGUUUGCCGACUAUGCGAAACUUGAACGCAGCAUGGUACAAAUGACCGACGCCGAUUGGAAGCGCGAUGCGCUGGCGAUUGGUUCGCGUGCCCAUCUGGAGAAGGAAGCCACAGCGCAAAGAACAAUCUUCCGUACGAUCCUAAUGCACGGUUUUCACUUUCUGGUGUGGACAUUCGCGGUGAAGAAGAUACGGGAUACACAGUGUGGAUUUAAGCUGGUUUCGCGCUCGGCCGCCCGGAAGCUGUUUCAGGUGAUGCACGUUGAACGAUGGGCAUUCGAUGUGGAGCUGCUGUUCAUUGCACAAUCGUACAAUAUUCCGAUCGAGGAAGUUGCGGUAAACUGGACGGAGAUCGAGGGCUCGAAACUGACGCCGUUCUGGUCCUGGUUGCAGAUGGGCCGAGAUUUGAUGCUGAUCUGGUUCCGGUACGCGAUCGGUGCGUGGCAGUUGCGAAAAGAGCAUGUGAAUUAAAGAUGGUAGAGGAGGUUUAGUUUUUAAACAUUUUCUUUCCCGAUAGAUUAGUUAUGUGAAACAGAAUGAUCUAAACGUAGACAUAGAUGAAACAGAUGGAAUAAACAUAAGCGAAAUGGUA